GUGGCCAUUGUGAUUCCCUCUCUGUGCCCUCUGCCCACGCUUGACGUCGCACCUCAUGGCCAUCGUCACUCGCAGCCUCGCAACCGAUGAGCGAUUCGAGUAUACGCUCUUCUUGCCAAGCACUGUCAGUGCCGCUACCACCAAUGCUAUGCCAGUCGUUGUCAAUGUUCAUGGCACGCAGAGAGGCACUGAUCACUGCCUCAACGAGGCGUGGCAGCGCUUCGCUUCGGCGCAUCAAUGCUCCAUCCUCGCUCCACUCUUUCCAGUUGGUCUCGACAGCCCAGACGAUGAGACGAGCUAUGCACGCAUACAAGGACGUACCUAUCACGCAGGCAGCAUUCUGCUGAGCAUCCUCGACGAGGUCGGUGCAGAGUGCCCUCAGCUCGACGUGAGGCAGGUGGUGCUCGCCGGAUUCUCGGGAGGGGCAGGGUACGCGCACCGCUUCUUCUACCUGUAUCCUGACCGGAUCAGAGCACUGAGCGUAGGGGCGCCGGGGAGCAUCACAUUGUUGGACACGGGCUCAAGGUGGCCGAGAGGCAUCUUCGCUGCCCCUUCGCCGGUACCACGGGCAGCGAUCGAAGCAGCGAAAGAGAUGCAAGUUCAGAUUGUAGUGGGCAGUCGCGACAACAAGCAGCGAGAGGAGGGCAAGGCCAGCAGGCUAGCAAACUGUCACGCUUUAGCUCAGCAUUGGCGGGAGCAAGGUCUCAAGGUGAGAUUGGACAUUGUUGACGGAGCAGGCCACGACUCGACAGCAGUGCAGCCCGUGGUGCUCGCCUUCCUCGCAGCGAUACUGUAGCUACUAUGCCAACGACCCUCUCUCCUCGCCCUCGAGCAUCUUGACAACCUUUGCCGGCGUCCCCACUGCGACGGAGAAGUCUGGGAUAUCUCGCGUCACCGUAGACGCAGCGCCGAUGGUGCAGCCGCGACCAAUCGUCACGCCGGCCAUGAUGGUCACUCCUCCGCCGAUCCAGCUGUCACGACCAAU